UAAAAUCACUAAGAGACAUACUCAAGGUCCACAGGGAAUCUCUUAAUCUAUGAGGAGGGAAGUCAUUUAUGAAAGGCGCUGGACUUUCAUUAAUGUGACAAUGUCAGUGUGGAUAUUACUGCUCACUUUGGGAGUGUCCUGGGGUCAACGAACUGAACCCAUGUUUGCCUCAGUAACUCAGAGUGUUUUCCCGCCGGACUAUGAGAAUAACCCUACGCAGCUCAACUACGGUGUUGCUGUCACUGAUGUGGAUGGAGACGGAGAUCUGGAGAUGUUUGUGACAGGCUACAAUGGCCCAAAUCUGGUGCUGAAGUACGACAAGUUUAAGAAGAGGCUUGUUAACAUUGCGGUUGACAACCGCAGUUCUCCAUAUUAUGCACUCAGAGAUCGACAGGGCAAUGCCAUCGGAGUGACAGCAUGUGACAUAGAUGGUGAUGGCAGAGAGGAAAUUUACGUCCUUAACACUAAUAACGCCUUCUCAGGCAGAGCAACGUACACUGACAAGCUCUUUAAGUUUCGUAAUGGGCGGUUUGAGGACCUCCUGAACGAUGACGUAAAUGAACAUAGAGACGUUGCCAAUCGCUUGGCUGGCCGGUCAGUCGCGUGUGUGGACAGAAAGGGAACUGGCCGUUAUUCCAUCUACAUUGCCAAUUAUGCCAGCGGAACUGUAGGUCCACAUGCUCUGAUUGAAAUGGAUGAAAGCUCAAGUGACCCUUCCAAGGGAAUCAUUGCACUGUCAAACGUGGCUGAGCAGGCCGGAGUCAACAAGUUCACAGGGGGACGGGGGGUCGUGGUCGGUCCCAUCCUCAGUCAGACCCUACCUGAUAUUUUCUGUGACAAUGAGUACAGCCCCAACUUCCUGUUUCGCAACAACGGAGACGGUACAUUUACAGAUGUGGCAGCACAAGUGGGGGUUGAUGACCCCAUGCAGCAUGGCCGUGGAGUGACGUUAGCAGAUUUUAAUCGGGAUGGGAAGACUGACAUUGUCUAUGGAAACUGGAAUGGGCCGCAUCGUCUGUUUCUCCAACUCGGCAAUAAUCGCAAGCAAAGGUUUAAGGACAUCGCCACACAGAAGUUUUCCAUGCCAUCUCCUGUUCGUACCGUCAUCGCAGCCGACUUUGAUAAUGACAAUGAACUGGAGGUUUUUUUCAAUAACAUUGCCUACAGAGGACCAUCAGCCAACAGACUGUUCAGAGUUUCUCGGAGAGAACACGGGGAUCCACAGAUCGAGGAGCUGAACGUCGGGGAGGCCGCCGAACCCGAGGGACGGGGAACCGGAGCAGCUGUGACUGAUUUUGAUGGAGAUGGACAGCUGGAUCUUCUGGUGACGCACGGGGAAAGUGCAGCUCAGCCCAUCUCAGUGUAUCGAGUCACUCAGGGCUCAUCUAAUAAAUGGCUGCGUGUGAUUCCACGCACACAGUUUGGGGCUUUUGCACGUGGGGCAAAGGUGAUAGUCUACACCAAGCGAAAUGGCCCUCAUAUGCGCAUUAUAGAUGGAGGAUCAGGGUACUUGUGCGAGAUGGAGCCAGUGGCUCACUUUGGACUCGGGAAAGAUGUGGCCACCAGUGUGGAAGUGUUCUGGCCAGAUGGACGUUCUGUGGCGAGAGCUCUGGAGCCCAGCGAGAUGAACAAAGUGAUGGAGAUCUAUUACCCUGAGAAUGAGGAAGAGGCGACCCAAGUGGUGGAGAUCGAGUGUGGACCAGGAUUUGAGGUCAAUGAAAAUGGCCGUUGCACUGACCAAGAUGAGUGCACACAGUUCCCAUCUGUCUGUCCUUCUGAGCGACCCGUCUGCACCAACACCUACGGGAGCUUCAAGUGCCGUGCAAACAAGAGAUGUAACCAGGGAUACGAGCCUAAUGAUGAAGGGACAGCAUGUGUAGCCCAGGUGGCUUAUUUUGGAGGAAACAGAUCCUCAGCCUCCAAGCUCUUGGCUUCCCAUCUUUCCCAGCCUCUCAUACUAACUCUUCUCGCUGUCUUUACUGCUUACUUGGGGGCAUGAAGGGCAGUGCCUCCCCUUUCCUGACACCUCUUCCACCCUGCUUGGUCUCCGAUUCUCUGCUUUCCUUUUUCGUUCGUUUGGGAGUCAGCUGUAAAAUGAACUCUCCAUGGAUCUGUCGCUCUUGCAAUGUUGUCACUAACAGACCUGUAUAAAUAAUGUUUCCCUUUUCAGUUGGGACCCACAAAAGAUCCCUGUUUUUAAGAUAAAACAAGCAUUCCCACAGGAAGAUCUUCAUAUGCAUCAACUGUGAUGUGGGAUAAGAUUGUGAUUGUAGUGAUCUUUAUGAAAGGCCGUGUCCCAGCGUGUUACAGGCGAUUUUGAGUUCUAGUGCAUUCAGUCUCAAAUCUGCAGCAGCGUGUUAGCAGGUUUUCCAGAAGAGCAUAUGCCCGGCCAUCUGUUUCACGCAAGGUUACAUUCCUUGUGCUCUGAAUAAUACAUUCACAAGAGAUUCGUACUGUACACUUUUGACCCUCACCAGUACUCACGACUGCCCUUGGGAUUCGUGCAUGUUUUUUUGGCAUGGAUGAGUAUUGCAAAACACAGUUUCAUUUAGCAAAAUGUUGUUAAGAUUUAUACAUGUUGGAUUUCACAGUGAUCAAGCUGCAGAAACAUAGACCCAGACCACAUCAUGAAGUAAAACCUUUAUUUUCAAUUCUCAGCUUUAAAUACUUCAAUAGAAAUAUGUCAGUGUUUCAUUUGAGUGUUGGUUGUUGCUUUAAUAGGACAUGAUGUCUUUUUGUUUACAAAUUUGCCAUGACCAUAACCAAAAAUUACUUUUAAAUAUUUUAACUAUAAAAUAUAAAGUUCAGUACAGUAAUUUUCUAUAAAAAAAAGUGUCUGUGGCCAUUGUCCAAAGAGAGAGAGAGAGGGGGGAAACAACAUUAAGAAUAGUCCAUACAACUGCUCUGCAGUCGAGACAAAUAAUAGUUUUGUGUGAGAAAUAAGAAGAAAUUUAAAGGAAUGGUUAAUGCAUAUAAGUUGGAAAUAUGUUAAUGCAAUGAAAAAAAAAAUUGGUGUAUGAUUUAUUUGAAAAAUGUUCACACAAAAAUUGCUAGUAAAUUUCACAAAAAUCCUCCAAUGAAUUAAAAAUGACAUUUUGAAGUAGAAAUAUUACAAACUGCUUUUUUCCCUCAUGUGAACUAUUCACUGUAAAAUGAAUGUUUCAUGCAAAUAUGAAAAUUGUCAUUAUUUACACAUUUAAUUUUUAGGCUUGUAUGCUGUUAUUUAUUUUUUUAUAGAACAUAGAAAAGAAUCUUCACACAACUUCUUUUCCUCAUUCAUGACCAUGCCUGUCAAAAAGCUAAAACAAACCCUAAAAUAGUUGCUCUAUACAGUCUUUUUAAGAAAUAAGAUCGUUUUUAUGAAGAACAGACCAAAGUUUAGGUCAUUUUUCAAUGAAACGGUCUGUUUCUCACACAAAGCUUGCCAGUGGCUUCAGAAGUCUGGAAAAGAAAGCACACAAAUCAUACGGACCACUUUUAUUGUGUUUUGUUUAGGUCCUUUUAGAGGAUAAGUAAAUACAUAAUGACAGAAUUUUAUUUGUAGGUGAACUAACCCUUGAAGUCAUUAUUCAUUGGUAAUGGCUUUGGAUUUUUUCCCCUUAUUCUAAACCAGUCGGCUUAGUAAAUGCAUCACUAUUGUAGAUGUUUAUUUAUUUUUUUAUUCAUUUUAAUAAAUUGAUUUAAUUUUUGCCUUUUCAACCCUAGUUAUUGGGAAUAUUACAGAUGGCUAUGCAGAAUAUUCACCAAAGGUUAAUGAACCGUGUGUGGCUCAAUGAACAAGGCAUUUUAAAAUGCAGUGAGAGAUCUGUUUGCUUUGGGUGUAAAUAUUGUUAUUUCCUACAGAAUGUUCUUGACUGAAAUGAGACUGCUUAUACAGGAUCACUGCUUCCAGUGCAUCUCAGAAUCCACAUUCGCUGCAUUUUUUAAACAUUGUGUAAUGUCAUAACGCUUUUGAACAGUCGCACCAGUAACAUUUGAUAUGAAUUCACUGUGGUCUUUGAAGGAGGUGUUAAAUAACUUCUGAACUGACUCAUGAUGUGUGCAUUGGCUAAAGACCCCUCAGUCUCCAGGGGCGAAUAGAUUCUCUUGAUUUUAUUACGCUGCUCUAAUUUUCCAUGUCAUGACUCAGACGAAACAUGUGCCAACUGCUUCGGGAAAAAUGUCAGAUCUCACAAGAGCUGACAGAUGCCACCUAUAAUUAUUAUUUAAAUGAUACAUGUAGUUAGAGAGCAGAUUAAAUCAAGCUUACCUCAGUGUCAUGGUUACAAGGAAAGGCAGAGUGUGGAAUCUUAAUAAAUGCAUGUCAUGGUAAAGGGAUAUGUGAAAAUAGGACCUGUCUUUGUAAUUUCUGCCAAAGCAAUUCUGAUGAAAAUGCCAGCAUGAGUUUCUAUGCUAGUCUGGUUUGAGCUGCUUAACUAGCAUGAUUUUCCAGUAAAAAGACUGGUUAAGCUAGUUAAGAAGCUUUUUGGGCAGCAGACCAGCAUGCAAAACACAACAUACACUGGUGUUUUUAGCAGGGAUGAAUGCUGAAGGACUGAAUGAUUAGUCAGAUUGUAUUAUGAGCUGCUCCCGAUGAAGCUGUAAUCUCCACUUUUAUGUAGAAAAGAUUAUGGAAAAAGAACACAAGUCUAUACUUUUAGUGAAAAUAUGGCAAUGUCAUGAUUUUGGGUUUUGAAUGAAUUGUUGCUCAUUUUCUUUGCAGAAAUCGCUAUAAUUUGGGAUCCAUGUGUAAAAUAAAGUCAAUAUCUUUUUCUGGUUUAUUUAUUGUCUUGUUUUUUUUUGUCGCAGCAAUGUCCAACA